AUGGCCACUGUUUUUUUUUUUUUUUUUUUUUUUUUUGGCCUUCGACUUUGCUUUAGUCAGUUAUCUUUGAUCUUUUCAUAUAUUUUUCGCCUUUAGGUUUCUGUCAAAUCCGCGCAAGAGCUCGGAGUCGCCCAUCUUCCAGAUUUGAGAUAAUUUGAUUGCCCAAAGGAGGAUUCAGCUAAUUGCAUGUGGGUUUUGGUUUCUCCAAUCCAGAUGCUUUUGCGAGGAGAAGGGAGCUUUUCUUUGAAGAUGGCUGCUUCGUCUUCGUCGGUACUGCCAGUCGUUGGAAUUAGAGAAGAGGAUCAGAACCAGAUGAUGCAACAGAUUUCCUCCGCACCGAAUUCAUCCAUACCUCCAGCUCCAAAGAAAAAGAGAAACCAACCAGGAACACCAUAUCCAGAUGCGGAGGUAAUCGCACUAUCUCCCAAGACCCUAAUGGCAACAAACAGAUUCAUAUGUGAGGUAUGCAACAAAGGGUUCCAAAGGGAGCAAAACCUACAGCUCCACAGAAGAGGACACAACCUGCCUUGGAAGCUAAAGCAGAAGACUACAAAAGAAUUACCAAAAAGAAAGGUCUAUCUGUGCCCCGAGCCCACAUGCGUCCACCACGACCCUUUGAGGGCUCUCGGCGACCUCACUGGCAUCAAAAAGCACUACUCUCGAAAGCACGGCGAGAAGAAAUGGAAGUGCGAGAAGUGCUCCAAGAGAUAUGCCGUGCAGUCUGAUUGGAAGGCCCAUUCCAAAACCUGUGGCACUAGAGAAUACAGAUGUGACUGCGGCACCCUCUUCUCUAGGCGGGACAGUUUUAUAACUCACAGGGCAUUUUGUGAUGCAUUGGCUCGAGAAACUUCAAGACACCCUCCCAGCUUGAGCACUACCAUGGGCAGUCACUUAUAUGGAAGAAACAACAUGGGAAUAAGCUUAUCUCAAGUGGGUUCUCAAUUUUCCUCCAUACAAGACCAGAAUAGCCAAACGAGUGAAAUAUUAUUUGACGGUGCCAGACAAAGUCAAUUCCAUCAUAUCCUUCCCACGGGAAUUGGUUCCUCGUUCAGAUCACCACAACCCUUGCACUCUUCUGCUUUUUUCGUGCAGGAAUCGACCCUAAACUAUGAGCCGGAGAACCCAUCUCAGCAAGGGUUUUCACCAAACAAAUCCUUGCAUGGACUAAUGCAAUUCUCUAACUUUCAAAACAGCACAAGUACCAACCCUCCAACUGCGAACAAUCUCUUCAACCUCAACUUCCUCUCCAGCAGCAGUGCUAGCAGCGGCAGCAAUAUUGUGAACACUAACAACAUCAAUCUUUCAUCUUCAGGUUUGCUAAUGCCCAAUCAUUUCGACAAUGAUGUUGGUACCUGUAGGGGUAAUGAAGGGUCGAGUAUCUUCUCGGGAAACGUAACGGCUGAUCAUCAAAUCACGACAGGCCCGGCUUUUCUCCAUGGCUCAUCGAUUCGAAGCAAAAAUGACAACCUGCCUAUGUCUGCAACUUCACUGCUCCAAAAGGCUGCUCAAAUGGGUUCAACAUCAAGCAAGAAUAGUGCCUCACCGCUAAGAACGUUCGGAAGUUCUGCCUCAAGAAGCACCAAAUCUGAUAUGGCGCCGCUUGUACCCGGCAGCUUAAACAGUAUGUUUGGCGGAAAUGGGAACCAUGUCCAAGACCUAAUGAAUUCCUUUAAUGCUACUGGAAAUUCCAUUUUCGGAAGUGGGUCAGGAGGGCUCCCUAGAUUUGAUGGAUACCAUGCAAACAUGAGCAAUUUAGAAAACAUGGACGAACGUCAGAAUCUACAUCAAAAUCCCACAAGGAGCGUUGGAGCGUCUGAUAGUUUAACCAGAGACUUUCUUGGGGUCGGACAGAUAGUGAGAAGCAUGAGCGGGAUUUCGCAGAGAGAACAGCAAAUACAGCACCAGCAACAACAUGGCAUGGAUCCGAGCUCCUCGUACUCGGACAGGAAUACUGCGCCCUCAAGCCAAUCUUUUGGAGGUGGAGGGGGCUAUCCGUGACCGAUCCAAAAGAAUAGCUGCUGCUCAAAGAAAAAGUACUGAGGUACGUGUAAAAAACUAGCGACGAAUUAAAUUGAUCAUAAGGCUCAAGCAAGUUGGAUAUAUUUUCAGCUUAUUAAAUUAGGUUUAUCAUCUUUGGAUUCUUUACGAUCUUUUCUAUUUCUCUGACGCACUGUUUUGCAUGGGGGGCAGUCGUGACUUGCAGUAGUACUUUUGUUUCUAUUCU